AUGUCUGGUUGGCCUCAUCACGAGAUUGACGGGCCGAAUGCGAUUUAUGCAUCAUUUUUGGAGGUCGAUAGUGAGGCAUUGAUAUUUGAAUGCCAGUUCGAGGCACGAACAGGUUAUGGUGACCUCAAACAUCAUGAACACUCAGAGGGAAUCAAAUUUUGA